GUGGGGUUUUCAUGUUCCUCUUGAACGUUUGGUGAGUUUGUGGGAGGGGGGGCUAUAGAUUUGAAGUGGUUAGCAAGAUUGGGAUUGGAAUGGUUGUUGCAACUGGUUGUCAAGAGUUGUUAUAAGUUGACUGUUUUUAUAUGAUCUAAAAGGAGGGAGAGGACAUGUGAAAUCCUUCUUCUAUUCAGAAUUUUUUUGGUAGAUUUGUUUCUUGAUGAUUUUAUGGAAUAGAAACGGCGUUACCUCUUACAAAAAAAUAUUUUUAUUCAGAUUUGGGGAACGAAUAUCGUCUGAUUUGUUCUUGGAGGUUGUUUAAGCAUCAUCAGAGAUCUUAAACAAGCUCUGCGAAUAUGGAGCGCUCUUUGUUGGCCGUCGUAACGGAUGGUCAGAGUGGGAGUAGUGAGUCCGUCUUCGCAUUGAUGAAGUUUGCUGUUCUACCAAUAGCAAAAGUGUUUACAAUGUGCUUUAUGGGGUUUCUUAUGGCCUCCAAGUAUGUCAACAUUCUUCCCGCGAAUGGCCGGAAGCUUCUUAAUGGGCUUGUCUUUUCUCUUCUCCUUCCUUGCCUAAUAUUCUCCCAACUUGGGCGUGCAAUAACUUUGCAGAAGUUGCUCGAGUGGUGGUUUAUUCCUGUUAAUAUCAUUUUGGCAACCAUAUCAGGAUCUCUUGUGGGUCUUGUCGUUGCUUCCAUUGUUCGACCACCACGUCCAUACUUCAAGUUUACCAUUAUAAAUAUUGGAAUUGGAAACAUUGGGAAUAUACCUCUUGUUCUGAUUGCUGCUCUAUGUCGAGACAAAUCAAACCCUUUUGGUGACAGUGACAAAUGUAGCCAGGAUGGGAAUGCUUACAUCUCAUUCGGUCAGUGGGUAGGUGCAAUAGUCCUGUAUACCUAUGUGUUUCAGAUGCUUGCACCACCACCAGGUGAAACCUUUGAUGGGGCAGAUGAGGAGAAACUUCCAACAAAGGUCCCUGUAAAUGACUCCGUGUCUGAUCAAGUGCCAUUGCUGACUUCUAAGGAGCCUGAAAUUACUGGUCAUGAAUCUUCAAGACAAGGGAGACUAAUUGAGCACCUAUGCUACCUAGUCGAAAAGCUAAAGAUAAAGCAAGUUUUUCAGCCUCCUAUUAUUGCCUCGGUCCUGGCAAUUGUAAUUGGCAUUGUUCCAUUUCUGAAGCACCUCAUCCUAACAGAUGAUGCCCCAUUCUUCUUUUUCACUGACAGCUGCCUUAUUCUUGGGGAAGCAAUGAUUCCAUGCAUUUUGCUUGCCUUGGGUGGUAAUCUCGUUGAUGGUCCUGGUGCAGGGAGUAGAAGACUUGGGUUAAGAACGACUGUGGCUAUCAUAUUUGGGCGAUUGGUCUUGGUUCCUCCUGCAGGGCUUGCCAUUGUCACUGUUGCGGACAAGCUUGGACUUUUUCCCAGGGAUGACAAAAUGUUCAAAUUUAUCCUCCUGCUGCAACACACAAUGCCCACCUCGGUCCUUUCUGGUGCAGUUGCCAGUUUAAGAGGCUGCGGAAAGGAAGCAGCUUCUGUUCUAUUCUGGGUUCACAUUUUUGCUGUCUUCUCCAUGGCUGGAUGGAUUGUUCUCUAUCUGCGCUUACUUUUCUAAGCCUCGUACAGUCUCACCAAUGUGGUUGAUGUACAUAUUUGCCCACCUGAGUAACACAUCAAUAGGAAUAUAUAGAUAUACAUCUGCAGCAGCAGGUCCUUUGACUGAUGACAUCGGUUUUCCUACAACAACAACAAAAAUGCACUAGUCAUUCGAUGCCGAAAACAUUAUCAUUAUCUUGCAGAGAAUCUUCUGUCCAUUGAGAGGAUCCAAUUAAGAUCAAGCACUUGCUGACUUCAUCUCUAUCACAAGCUAUUAUUGGUUUAAUAUUUGUAGUGACUCCUUGGAACCGUUCCAAUAUUAAUUUUGGUUAUAUUAGAUUGAAUUGUAAGGAUUCUUCAGCUGUUGCAUUAAUCACCUAAUAAUCAUUUUUUUGAUGUGUCUCCAA